UCCCGCCCUCCCUCUGAUCAUGUUGACAUAUUCACAGGACAGGCAGUAGUACCGAUGCGGCGCUGCGACGUUACAGUUUCCGACACCUUCUUUUUAUAACUCGGCUCUAUCCCCCAGCACUGGACCUGUGAAAACCACGCCUAUGCAGCAACACAAUUGGUCCGAAAGCGUCAAAGAGCCAAUCAAGAGGCCUCCGGCUCCCCGCAGCCCACAGCGCAGCCCGACCUUCUAGAGCCGCCGAGCAGACGCCCGGGGAAUUCUAGAGGCGGAGGAGGGUGGCGAGGAGCUCUCGCUUUCUCUCGCUCCCUCCCUUACUCCCUCCCUCUCCUAUUCGGUCUAUCUCUCUCUCCUUUCCAUUUUCCCCCUCUAAAUCCUCCCUGCCUUGCGCGCCUGGACGCAAGGAAGCGAAUUCGCUCACGUUUUAGGACAAGGAAAAGAGGCACGGGAGACGAGCACUGCGAGAUUCGGAUUGAAACCGAGACACCCUCCGGAGGCUGGGAGCGGAGGAAGGAGGAGGAGGGCGAACGGAAGCCAGUUUGCAGUUCAAGUUUUGAUAGCGCCGGUAGUAGGGGAUUUUAAUCAGAUUUUUUUUCUUUUUCUUUCUUUUUUUUUUUUUUUAAGAGAGAGACUUUUCCGCCGUCUCGCUCCCGGUGAAAGCCGGGUCUAGCACAGCUGCAGACGCCUCCAGCGAGAAAGACAAGAUAGAUAGGGAGGCGGGGGAAGAAGAAAAAGCAAAGGUAAAAAGUCCAGGAGAACCAUUCGCAUUUUCAACAAAGAAUCUAGGGACUGGGGAAAGACUCCCCGGACGAAGGGCUGGAGUGUCUAUUUCCAGCUAAGCUGCAGGGCUCAGGCUCCGGUGGAGACCCCGCUAGCUCCUCUCGCUUCUGAAACCGACUUUCAGGAGCGGCUUUUUGAAAACGCCAGGCACAAGAACGGUCACCCGCGCGACUAUGUCUCCUGAUUUUUCGCCUUGCCCUCUUUAAAACCGGCAUUUCUCCUCCCCUUUCCCCUUCCCUUUGAAGUACUUUAGUUGUGCUUUCUUCCUUUUCUUCCCUACUUUUUCUUUUGAACUAUGUGCUGCUGAUAAACAAACAAACAAAAACCAAAAAGAAACAACAACAACAAAAUCAGCAGCGGCGGACUUGUCCCCGGCUGGAGCCCAGCGCCCCGCCUGAAGUGGAUGAGCCUCUCCAUGAGAGAUCCGGUCAUUCCUGGGACAAGCAUGGCCUACCAUCCGUUCCUACCUCACCGGGCGCCGGACUUCGCCAUGAGCGCGGUGCUGGGUCACCAGCCGCCCUUCUUCCCUGCGCUGACGCUGCCUCCCAACGGCGCAGCGGCGCUCUCGCUGCCCGGCGCCCUGGCCAAGCCGAUCAUGGAUCAAUUGGUGGGGGCGGCGGAAACUGGUAUCCCGUUCUCGUCCCUGGGGCCCCAGGCGCAUCUGAGGCCUCUCAAGACCAUGGAGCCCGAAGAAGAAGUGGAGGAUGACCCCAAGGUGCACCUGGAGGCUAAAGAACUUUGGGAUCAGUUUCACAAGCGGGGUACGGAGAUGGUCAUUACCAAGUCGGGAAGACGAAUGUUUCCUCCAUUUAAAGUGAGAUGUUCUGGGCUGGAUAAAAAAGCCAAAUAUAUUUUAUUGAUGGACAUUAUAGCUGCUGAUGACUGUCGAUAUAAGUUUCACAAUUCUCGGUGGAUGGUAGCAGGUAAAGCUGACCCUGAAAUGCCAAAGAGAAUGUACAUUCACCCAGACAGCCCCGCUACCGGGGAACAGUGGAUGUCCAAAGUCGUCACGUUCCACAAACUGAAACUCACCAACAACAUUUCGGAUAAACAUGGAUUUACUUUGGCCUUCCCAAGUGAUCACGCAACGUGGCAGGGGAAUUAUAGUUUUGGUACUCAGACUAUAUUAAACUCCAUGCACAAAUACCAGCCGCGGUUCCACAUUGUAAGGGCCAAUGACAUCUUGAAACUCCCUUACAGUACAUUUCGGACGUACUUAUUCCCUGAAACUGAAUUCAUUGCUGUGACUGCAUACCAGAAUGAUAAGAUAACUCAGUUAAAAAUAGACAACAACCCUUUUGCAAAAGGUUUCCGAGACACUGGAAAUGGCAGGAGAGAAAAACGAAAACAGCUCACCCUGCAGUCCAUGAGAGUGUUUGAUGAAAGACACAAAAAGGAGAAUGGGACCUCGGAUGAGUCCUCCAGCGAACAGGCAGCUUUCAACUGCUUCGCUCAGGCUUCUUCUCCAGCAGUCUCUACUGUAGGGACAUCGAACCUCAAAGAUUUAUGUCCCAGCGAGGGUGAGAGCGACGCUGAAGCGGAGAGCAAAGAGGAGCACGGCCCGGAGGCCUGUGACGCGGCCAAGAUCACCACCACCACGUCGGAGGAGCCUUGUCGUGACAAGAGCAGCCCGGCGGUCAAGGGGCACCUCUUCGCUGCAGAGCCAGGUGGUCGGCCUCGAGACACGGGGCGGCUGGACAAGGCAUCGCCGGACUCGCGCCACAGCCCGGCCACCAUCUCGUCCAGCACCCGUGGCCUGGGCGCGGAGGAGCGAAGGAGCCCGGGCCGCGAGGGCGCGGCGACGUCCAAGGUGGAGGAGGCACGCGCGCUGCCUGGCAAGGAGGCCUUCGCGCCGCUCACCGUGCAGACAGACGCGGCUGCCGCGCACCUGGCCCAGGGCCCCCUGCCUGGCCUCGGCUUUGCCCCGGGCCUGGCGGGCCAGCAGUUCUUCAACGGGCACCCUCUCUUCCUGCACCCUGGUCAGUUUGCCAUGGGGGGUGCCUUUUCCAGCAUGGCGGCUGGCAUGGGGCCCCUACUGGCCACUGUGUCCGGGGCCUCCACCGGUGUCUCGGGCCUGGAUUCCACUGCCAUGGCCUCUGCUGCCGCGGCGCAGGGACUGUCCGGGGCAUCUGCGGCCACCCUGCCCUUCCACCUGCAGCAGCACGUCCUGGCCUCUCAGAGCCUGGCCAUGUCGCCUUUCGGAAGCCUGUUCCCUUACCCCUACACGUACAUGGCGGCGGCAGCGGCCGCCUCCUCUGCAGCGGCCUCCAGCUCGGUGCACCGCCACCCCUUCCUCAAUCUGAACACCAUGCGCCCGCGGCUGCGUUACAGCCCCUACUCCAUCCCGGUGCCCGUCCCCGACAGCAGCAGCCUGCUCACCACCGCCCUGCCUUCCAUGGCAGCGGCCGCGGGGCCCCUGGACGGCAAAGCCGCUGCCCUGGCGGCUAGCCCCGCCUCGGUGGCCGUGGACUCGGGCUCGGAACUCAACAGCCGCUCCUCCACGCUCUCCUCCAGCUCCGUGUCCUUGUCGCCCAAACUCUGCUCCGAGAAAGAGGCGGCCACCAGUGAACUUCAGAGUAUCCAGCGGUUGGUCAGCGGCUUGGAAGCCAAGCCGGACAGAUCCCGCAGCACGUCCCCAUAAACCCCUCCCAGAAAAAGUCUCUUCAUUCCAGUCCAGUCAAGUCUGCAGUGCACUUUGUCGGAUGUAAAAUAAACCACGGGCCUGCCGUGGCGUAAGCCCUUUCCUUUGCAGUCCUGUCCAGGAAGGGGUGCUGGACUCUCUUGAGAGAAUGUACUAGAGACAGGCCCUGUCUUCUUGGCGUGGUUUAUAUAUCCGGGAUCUGGCUCUGAUUCCGUUUGUUGCAUUGAGCUAUCGGGGGUGGAAGUUAAAACAGUAUGUGGAGAACAACUUCCAGCCAGGCUGGUCUGGGAGCUGUGGCUGAAGAAAACGGUAGCCAAGCCCACCAGGAGGGGAGGUGUUCAAAGGCACCACCUCAGUGUGGAUUUAUAUAUAUAUAUAUUUUUUCCUUCACUGUGUCAAGUGGAAACAAAAACAAAUAAAAUUAAAAAAAAUUGGGACAAAUGCAUACAUUAACUUGAUUCUGUUUGUGAAGAUUAAAAACUUUAUAGUGACUUGCAUUAUCAGUUCUCAAUAAAUUACUGAGCAGCAUUGUUUGGGCAGGGAAACCCUGCCAUCCUUGUUUAGUCUAUAUUAAGAAUUAAAUCUGUGUCUUUUUAAUAUUCUCGUGAUGUUUUAAGAGCCGCUGUAGGUCUCUUUUUGCAUGUUCCACAGUAAUGUAUUUGUGGGUUUUAUUUUGAAGGCUUGCUUUUAGAAAGAAAACAACAUACCCCAUGCCCCUCUCCCAAUCCUGUGUCCUCAAAUUGGCAACCCCCAGGGGAAGGGGAUUUAGAGGGGAGAGGGUGGAAAACACACAAAAUGAAUUUAUUUUAUCUAAGCUGUGUAGCAGGAUUCGUGUUCUCUUCGGCAGUUCUUUCUCUUUCCUGUAUAUGCAAUAACAAGGUUUAAAAAAAAAUAAUAAAGAAGAAGCGAGACUAUUAGACAAAGUAUUUAUGUAAUUAUUUGAUAACUCUUGUAAAUAGGUGGAAUAUGAAUGCUCAGAAAAUUAAACUUUAAUUUAUUGACAUUGUAUAUAGCUCUAUGUAAAUAGGAUUGGCGACUGUCAGAUUUUGUCCUUGUGUUUUCCUUUAGUUGAUUUUUAUUUCCAGGUCACACACUUUCUGCACCAACACGAACACACUUUCAAAAGAGUUGUUAGCCAUUUUUCUCAAAGUGGGUGAAAGUGCUAUUUCUUAUGUUAGCCAAAAUUGGGGAGGGGGUGCCACUUUCCCGUCUAGUUUAAAUUCCUUAAAACACAGCUGAGAUUGCUGUGGAAGGGGGCAGAGGCCCGUGGUUUGACUUUUUAUUUUUUUCUUUUGUAUUUGUAUUUGCUAGUCUCUAAUUUCCCCAAACGAAGUGGAAUUAAUUUACUACUGUGUUCAACAUGGAUGGUGUUUUGAAUUGGUGCCCGUAGGGACAUACUUACAGUUCUAAAGUCAGGUGCUGAGAGAUCGUUUAAAGACAAAAAUUCAUGAAGGUAUAUUUUGUGUUAUAGUUGUUGAUGAGUUCUUUGGUUUUCUGUAUUAUUUUUCCCCCUCUCUUUAAAACGUCACUGAAAUUUCAAUAAAUUUUUAUUGAAAUGGC